ACCAUUAAGACAUUGAGUUUUGUUCUGAAAAAAAGUCAUCUAUUUAGAAAUUGAAAAAAUGCUCAAAUCAAUUAUUUUGUUUGCCACCUUUGUGUCAAUCACAUUGGCUCAACCUGAACUGGCAUCACUUGAAGCUGAUGGUUUUCUUACCGAUGAAUACAUCGAUUAUUUGAAUAAUAUCAAAUCCAGUACCUGGAAGGCUGGACGAAAUUUCAACAAACAUAUUAAUACCGAUUAUGUACGUGGUUUAUUAGGUUCACUUGAUCAAACAUUGCCAUUGGAAACAUCGUUGCCCACCAAAUAUGUUUCAAACAUUGAUACUAAAUCAAUUCCAGAAAAUUUCGAUUCCCGAACACAAUGGCCAAAAUGCAAAACAAUCAAACAGAUCCGUGAUCAAGGAACUUGUGGAUCAUGUUGGGCUUUUGGUGCUGUUGAAGCUAUUUCUGAUCGUAUCUGUAUUGCUACAAAUGGUACUACUGAUGUUAUGAUCUCAGCUGAAGAACUAUUAUCCUGUUGUCGUAAUUGUGGUUAUGGAUGCAAAGGUGGUUGGACGUUGCCAGCAUGGUCUUAUUGGGUUUCAAAUGGUUUGGUUUCCGGUGGCUUGUAUGGAACAAGUGAUACAUGUGAACCUUACACCAUUCAACCAUGUGAACAUCAUACUACGGGUCCAUUACCACAAUGUUCUCAACUAGGUGAAUCCCGUACACCUAGAUGUAAGCAACAAUGCGUUUCUGGAUAUACUAAAUCAUUCCAACAAGAUAAACAUUAUGGACAAAAGGCCUAUAAUGUUAUCAGGAUGCAAUCACAGAUCCAACAUGAAAUUAUGACCAAUGGCCCGGUAGAAGCAGGUUAUAUUGUCUAUUCAGAUUUUGUAAACUACAAAAGCGGUGUAUACCAACGACACAGUAGCCAAACAUUAGGUGGUCAUGCUAUCAAAAUUCUUGGUUGGGGCGUUGAAAAUGGUACACCAUAUUGGUUGUGUGCUAAUUCCUGGAAUACUCGUUGGGGUGAUGAAGGUUUUUUCAAAAUUCGUCGUGGUACUAAUGAAUGUGGUAUCGAAAGCAAUAUUGUUGCUGGUAUUCCAAGAACCAAUUAAAUGAAAAAAAUUAUUUCCAAUAACUUUAUUCAUUCAUUUAUAAUUUGAAAAUGAAAUUCAAUUAAAAUUAUUUAAAAAAAAUAACCAUUAAAAACAAUCAAAUUUUAUCACACACACACAAAAAAAAAACAAGAAUAUAUUUUGCACGCGUAAAAAUACCUGUACACAAACACACACACACCUGCAUACAUACACUAUUGAUAUGGUAAAUGGCAAACGAUUGUCUCAUUGUUGUUGAUGAUUAUCAUUGAUUAAAAAAGAAAAAAAAACUGUCAUAUUAUGAUGAA